AUGCAGGGGACGCCCCACAAGCCGCGAUGCGAGUGCGGCUGCGUCCCCAGCGUCCCCUCGCUGUUCGAGAUGGCCGAGCUGCGCAAGGAGGCCCGGCGCCUGCGCCGGGAGCAGGCGGCCAUGGUCUCCCCGCCGCCCGUCCCCGAGGGCGCCUCCGGCGCCCUCUCCGCGGCGCCGCCGCCGCAGCUGCUGGAGGAGGCGGCGCUGGCAGGCCCGAGGGGCGUCGGCGCGCCGCCCGCCCCCGCGGGCGCGCCCGGCGAGCCCUCCGCAGCGCCGCCGCCGCAGCCGCCAGAGGAGGCGGCGCCGGCGGGCCCGAGGGCCGGCAGGAAGUCCGAGAGAACGCCAGCGGUCGGGAGGCCGACCAUGGGGGAGUCUUUCGACCGUGACUUCACGCCGGGGGGCGGCCUGGCGUUGGCCGGAGCGGUCCAGGACCCGCGAGAAGACCACCAUCGGCGUCACGAAAGCCCGCGGGCGGCCAGCGAUCCGUCACAGGAGCAGCGUGCCUCGGGGACCGAGCUGCGCGUCAAGCAGGUCAUGAUGGAGCUCGGACUCCGGGGGAGCGUCGGCGGCAGCCAGAUCGCCGUCGCGGGAGUUGGACGCGGAGACAGGAGUGGGACGCACCACGCCCCGGAGACAACCUAG